UCUCUUCUUCCGGAGGAGAGACGGAGUCUUGGCAGCGGUGUGAUGAUGCUCUGGAGAUGCAGCUUGGAGUCACGUGACCGGCUGCAGCGCAUCCAGCCGCUCUAGUGUGGAGCGAGAGCCGAGGAACACCUCGCAUCUAAAAAUAGACCACGGUGGGGUUGGAUCUGAAGCAGAGCGUUUUGGGCUUCAGUUCGGCGUGUUCACCUCUUUUCUCCUCCUCUCCGGUGGGCUCGGUCGGGGUGAUGCUGCUGCAUUAGGCUGCAGGCUGAGUGCGGCACGUCGCAGGGGCUUUCUCAUCCACCAGCCUCGUGCGUCCGAACAAAGCGGUGGGUUCGCUGAGUGUGUGAAUGCGUCAUUCAUAAGGCUGCUCUCCUACCGUCGGAUCGGUGCACUGCCGGCCGCUCCGCCGUGACGGAAUCCGUCGUACAGUAAGAGAAAACAAACAUCUCAGCAUCCUUCUAGAUCCCAGAUGGGCCUGUCGGGACCCCUCAUCUCCUCCCCGCGUUGAACGUCGAAGGAACCAAGCGGGAUAUCUCUUCCGACUCCAGCUCAGUGUCUCACAGCGCAGCAGGCGGUCGGAGCAGGAUGAAGGCCGAGGGGCCGCACGGCGCGGGGGUCUCCGCGUGCCAGGGGGGGGCUGCCCCGGAGAACGGGACCUGCGUGACCCACCUGGACCGAGGCGUCUUCCCUCCGCUCUCCUCGACCCUGGCGCUCCUCGUGCUGGUAGCCCUGAUGGUCGGGAUCGUCCUCGUCUCCUUGGCGACCUUCCACCUCCACAAGAGGAAGCUCCGCAAGCGGAAGAUUCAGCGUGCGCAAGAGGAAUACGAGCGCGACAGCCGCGACCCCGAGGGCGCGCCGGAGCCCCCGAAGCACCCGCCGCGCGCCACCAUAGUCCGUCCGCCGGGCCGGGACCCAUCGUCGAGACCCCCGUCAAGUCCCGGGACCGGGGACGACCGCUCGGAUAGCCCCCCCGACGUGUUAGACAGUGGGGCGCUGCGCGAGGGAGAGGAGCACACGCUGCGGGCGGUGGUCUCCUCUUGACACUGCGGAGCACCCCCCCCCCCCCCCCCCACACACCCACACACACAUACACACACACACACACACACACACACACACACACACACACACACACACACACACACACACACACACACACACACACACACACACACACACACACACACACACGGCCACCUGAACAUGAGACGAGUGGCUUCACUCCAGGGGGUCCGGGGAACUCUACGAAUUCAGCAUGGAAUAAAAACCAAGGAAAGCAAUAUAUGGCACAAAGAAAAGCCCUAGGACCCCUUCUCCAGCGACGUGGAGCUCAUCCCUCAUCACCGUAGUGUGCCGGACACUUGUAUUAUUCUCGGCUCUUGCUUGUAUUCCUUAAACUGCCGUAGAUCAAAUAAAUGUAGAAUAGUUCUAAGAUAGUGUCAGCGAUAGAUAGAGAAUUAGCGUAUUCUGUAAAAUAAGUACAGUGACCUGUAGGUUUAGUCACGUGACGAUUUGGAGUGAUGGAG